AUGACCUCUCUGCUUGGUAGAGAGGUGGUAGAGUUGUUGGUGAUAGGUGAGGUAGAGAGGAAAGGAGAAGAAGGAGAAGAAGAAGAAGGAGAGGGAGGAAAGGAAAAAGAAAAGGAGGGGGGCGGACGUGGAAGAAAAGAGUGA